CGAAGUGCCCGCCAAUAAGAGCGCAGCUCCGCUCUCUCGGCCGCCAAUGGGAAGCCAGCGAGAGGAUGCGCUUGGAUUUAUAUCCUUCAGCUUCUCGCGCUUGUUGUCAUUGCAGCUGCGGCUAUUCGGGGGCCCCCGUGGAAGUAACCAACGACGAGGCCGUUUCUGCCUGCUUUGUAACCGGGUGUCGGCGGCGCCUUAGCUCUUCCCGAGCGCCCAGCCUCGCCUCGUUAUGUCCGGCCGAGGUAAAUCCGGAGGUAAAGCCAGAGCCAAAGCCAAGUCUCGCUCCUCUCGAGCCGGCCUCCAGUUCCCCGUCGGGCGAGUGCAUCGGCUGCUGCGGAAGGGCAACUACGCGGAGCGUGUGGGCGCCGGAGCGCCUGUUUAUUUAGCUGCCGUCCUCGAGUAUCUCUCGGCUGAGAUCCUGGAACUGGCCGGCAACGCUGCGCGGGACAACAAAAAGACCAGGAUCAUCCCUCGGCACCUGCAGCUGGCCAUUCGCAACGACGAGGAGCUCAACAAGCUGCUGGGCGGGGUGACUAUCGCCCAGGGUGGGGUUCUGCCCAAUAUCCAGGCCGUGCUGCUGCCCAAGAAGACCCAGAGCUCCAAGAAAUGAAGCCGGUUGCCUGGCUAAAGGAAAGGAGCCGCUCGCCCCUUUAUUUCCUUGCGCCCCACCCACAGGAUCUGGUGCAGCGGCCACCGGGCAUUUUCUCCUUCCUUCCUUCCGCGUCACUUGCUGCAGCCCAGUACCGGGCAGAUGAUUUCUUUACCGCAUCGUCUGUCCUGGUGCAGCCGGCGCUGAGCUGUCCCCGCUCGCCCUUCUCUUGCUAAUCUGAUCCUGGCACCUCUUGCCUGCUUCCCUCCCUCCCUCCCCGCCCCACGUCUCGGUGCUGCUGGUGCUACAACCGCUGGGUUCCUCGUGCGCUUCCUCGCCUGGCCCAGCGCUGAGUCCCCUGCUCCUUUGCAAUGCUGGAGACUUGAGGUGGGAAAGAGCGGUCGUCAUUUUUCGUGUCACCGAAAAAGGGCAGGUGCUUCGGGCCUGGCUGCCCUCUAGCGCCCUGCAAAUAGAUUUUUUUUUCUCCUCCGCCCCUUUUCUCUGGGACGAUUGAGCCUAACAUCCCAUUGCUUUGGGAGCUAUAUAGCUUCAGCGAUUGGAGGAAACAGUGGUCGUCCCCCCCUUUAUUUUGCUCCCUUAAGUAGCUUUGAUUCUUCUGGAGAAGAGGAGUGGGGGGAGGGGAAGGAUUAGGCUUUUUUGACACUACAGUGGUCUUUGCAUUUUUAUCCUUGGAGAACUGAAAAAAAUGGGAGUCAUGAAGAUGGGAAAGUCAUGAAAGCAGCACAGGCCAACCUUGAGAAGGCAAGAAACUGCUUAGAUAGUAGGCCUCGCUAUGUGACAAUGCUGAUUUUAUAUCUCUUUCUGUACCUAAAAGGUGAGAGUAUACAGAAGGAAGGAAGGGUUGGCCAUUGCGUUGCACCAACAGUCAACUUAAUCUCUUAAAACUGUGCGGUCCCAGAGCUGGAGAUGGUGAUGGAUCGAUCUCUCUGAUGUUGUUGCACAUCCCCUUUAAAUGUGAUCAUGAAUUUAUGAAUUGAAAAUGUGGGAGGGAAGGAAGUGGUCAGGAAUUUCUAAAUGUGAAAAUAACUUUUUUUUGCUGAGAAAGGAAUAGCUUCAUAUGUUAAUGUUUCCCUUGUUUGCUUUAUGAUGAGCUAUUGUGUAGUUGUACUGGCACUCCAUUCUUGUUUCUUUGUUGAGUUUUUGUUUGUGUGUUGCAACAAAAUCUUAAUGAGUAAAUAAUCUUGAUUGAGAGGCAAAGACUUUCUAAGAAUUCCUAGGAUAU